AUGGACGUCGUCAGUCAUAAAGACAUGUUUGCGGUAGGUGCUAAACCUGCAGCAAGAAUUUCAUACGCAGCAACUGUAGCCAAAUCCAUUCAGAAUAUUACCGAUUGUGUUGAGACACCAGUGAAUAAGGGUGGCUAUAUUGCCAUUACAAUCAAUCAAGAGGUUUAUGAACAACAGAUAGCUAUGUGCCAGAAUGCCCUAAUUGCCAGAAUAAUCCUCUACAAAGGUGAAUCUCCGUGGAAACUUGUGGAAUUAAAAAAGAAGUUAACGGAGGUUUGGGGGAUUCAAACCAGCUGGAAGCUAAUUUCUUUGGGACGAGGUUACUAUCAGAAAACAACCAAUUCACAAAUCUGGGUCCGUUUUUACAAAUUACCAUGGGAGUAUUGGCAUCCUAAAAUUUUAACCUCCAUUGCUAAAGGAAUUGGAGCACCCUUAAAAAUAGAUAAUGCAACUUCUACGGCUGAGUUUGGUCAUUAUGCAAGGAUUUUAAUCGAUGUUGAUCUUUCUACGUCCCUUCCGGAAUCUCUAUUAAUAGAACAGAUCGGAAAAAGUUUCUUCAUAGAUGUUGUUUAUGAGAAUCUGCCUGCCUUUUGCUCUUCAUGUUCAAAUAUUGGACACUUUGCCAGGGAAUGUCGUUUAAAUAUAGACAGCGCCCACAAAGACCUUGACAAACCUGUGGCCCCGACCAAGACAUGGAAACCAAAGAAUAAGUCGUCAGACAUCUUAAUUGAUAAUGUUUUUAAACAUUUGCAGUCUGAUUUGCAAAGAGCAGAUAAUGAGAUCGACAAGCAGCCUCAGGAGGAAAUAUUUCAAAGUGCUAAUGGUCUGGAUAUUCAGCUGCAGGAAAAAAUCACCGGUUGUGAUGAGACAAACAUAGAGCUGAUUCAUGAUGAUUCCAUAGUUGAUAACAAUGCACCUUCAAAAACAAAUCUGCAGGACAUUGAUGAAGAAAACAAUUCCAUGACAACAAACCAGGCUAUUAAUGAAGCAAUGAAUCAGCAGAAAGAUGUCGUUGACAUAGUUUUGCCAAAAGAAGUUACUAAGUCUUGGGCAGAUAAGGUUGAGGAAGAUGAGGCAUGGACAACUGUGACUAGGAGGAAAACUCAGGUUAAACAGGAUAAAUACAAAGUAACCCUCUCAAGGAGGAAUGCCAGAAAACCAGAUAAGCUCAAUCUAUGA